AUGUCUCUGCUCUUAGACAGCAUUGCCACCAUCAUCAGCGUCUUUCACAGGCACACGAAGGAGGAUGCAGGCUGCUCCAAGCUCAGCCGAAGGAAGAUGAAGGAGUUCAUCCAGAGGGAGUUUGCAGAUGUCAUAGCUAAGCCACAUGACCCUCAGACAAUUGACAAGAUUCUGCAGUUUCUGGAGUGGGAUGGCGAUGGGGAAAUAGAUUUUAAUGAGUUCCUGAUUUUGGUAUUCCGAGUGGCUAAGGCCUGCUACUGGUACCUGCCAAAGGGACCAUACCUUCUGCAAAGGACAACGCUGACAACCAGUGGCACUUCACCCACAGUGCCUGAAAUUAAGCACAGUAGGAGCCAUCGGCAGCUCCAGGAGGAGGAACGACAAACUUGUGAGAGUAAUCAUUAUCCCCCCUGUGAACCUGAGCUGCAACGAGACACCAGGGUCAAGGAGCUUGACACAACAGAGGAAACAGGGAGUCAUCACCAGCAAUGUAACACAAGAAGAAAUGACGCAAAACGAAGCAGUGAACCAAGGGAGCCAAACCCUCAGGUAUACAAAGAACGAAGCCAAGAGCCAUGCGACCAACACAACAGCCAGACAAGAUGUCAGCGACCAGAGACAGACAGACGAGGAGAUGCACAACGCUGUGUGAGUGGCAGCAUGCAAGCACGUGAGCCCAGGCUGAAGGCAGAGAGGCAAAAGGAUGAGGGACAAGAGCCAGCACAAAUGGCAGAUGUGAGGAGUUACAGCCAGACCUGUGAACCUCAGCCACUGCCAAACGG